CUCUAUCUGUAUUUUCUACUUUGGACCCCAUACUCUUUCUUUUUUCAUUCAUUUCCCACUUCACUCAAACUCAAAAAUCACUCUCAUCACUGACUUUCUCUGAUCAAACAAACCACUCUUGCAUACUCUCCCAUAAUAAUACUCCUCUCCUACAAGCAAAGCAAUCUGAAUAAAUAACAAGAGUGUGAAAAGAAAAGAAGAAAUCAGAACAAAAACCCUUUCUUUCACUCAUAUAUAUCAUUGAGAUUACAGGGUUUUUUUCUUCAACAUUGUGGGGGUGGUAGAGUUAUUGAAUGAACAAUGGAGCAACAAGAAACAACAAAAGCACCAGAAUACUUCACUACUACAACUACAACAACAGAAGUAGUAUCAAUACCAGUAACACCAAGAAUGUCUACACCUGAAGGAUUAACACCAUCAGGUACAAGAUCACCAAAUAGUAGAAGACCCAUGAUGAAAUCAUCUUCAAAUGCAUGGACUCCUACAUCUUUGAUUUCACCAAGAUUUUUAAGUCCUAUUGGUACUCCAAUGAAGAAGGUUUAUAUAAAUAUGAAGAGUUAUUUGGAAGAAGUAGGCCAUCUUACUAAACUUAACUCUCAAGAUGCUUGGUUACCCAUUACUGAAUCUAGAAAUGGUAAUGCUCAUUAUGCUGCUUUUCAUAAUCUUAAUGCUGGUAUUGGUUUUCAAGCUCUUCUCCUGCCUGUUGCCUUCUCUUAUCUUGGAUGGAGUUGGGGGAUGAUAUCGUUGACAAUCGCGUAUGUUUGGCAACUUUAUACUUUGUGGAUACUAGUCCAACUACAUGAAGCAGUACCUGGGAAGAGAUACAAUAGAUAUGUAGAGCUUGCUCAAGCUGCAUUUGGAGAAAGGUUGGGUUUAUGGCUUGCUUUGUUUCCAACAAUUUAUUUAUCGGCUGGAACUGCAACUGCACUUAUUCUUAUUGGAGGAGAAACCAUGAAGCUCUUCUUCCAGAUAGUGUGUGGCCCCCUUUGCACCACAAAUCCUCUUACAACCAUUGAAUGGUAUUUGGUUUUCACUACGCUGUGUGUCGUUCUAUCUCAACUUCCAAACCUCAAUUCGAUUGCAGGGUUGUCGUUAAUAGGAGCAGUGACAGCUAUUACUUACUCCACCAUGGUUUGGGUUCUCUCUGUUAGCCAACCUAGACCACCAUCCCUCUCAUACCAACCCCUUUCAUCUCCUUCUUUCUCUACUUCAGUAUUUUCAGUCAUGAAUGCACUUGGAAUUGUAGCAUUUGCCUUCAGAGGCCAUAAUCUCGCUCUGGAAAUUCAGUCAACAAUGCCAUCUACUUUUAAGCACCCAGCACAUGUCCCUAUGUGGAGAGGAGCCAAGAUUGCCUAUUGGUUGAUCGCCAUGUGUGUGUUCCCUGUCUCCAUCGGAGGCUUUUGGGCCUACGGAAACCUUAUGCCUGCAGGAGGGAUCCUAAAUGCGUUAUACGUAUUUCACAGCCAAGAUAUUCCACGAGUGCUACUUGCAGCAACUUUCCUGUUAGUUGUAUUCAACUGCCUCAGUAGCUUCCAGAUUUAUUCCAUGCCUGUUUUCGACAGUUUCGAAGCUGGUUACACUAGUCGUACAAACCGUCCUUGCUCACUCUGGGUCCGAUCCGGUUUCAGAAUCUUCUAUGGCUUCAUUUCAUUCUUCAUUGGGAUAGCUCUCCCAUUUCUCUCCAGCAUAGCCGGUUUAAUGGGCGGUCUCACUCUUCCUGUCACCUUUGCUUACCCAUGCUUCAUGUGGAUUCUGAUAAAGAAGCCUCAAAAGUUCAGCUUUAAUUGGUAUUUCAACUGGACUCUUGGUUGGCUGGGCGUUGCUUUUAGCCUGGCUUUCUCGAUAGGCGGUGUCUGGAGUAUGGUCAACAGUGGAAUGAAGCUUAAAUUCUUUAAGCCCAACUAACCAAAGGCUUAAAGCUCAACUCAAUAUGGUUGAUCCACAUAUAAUAAUAAUAUUCAUAUAGAAGGAUUGUUAGUUGUGUUUCUGUAUUAGAUCUGUGAACUAAACUUGUAAUAGUCUAGUCUGAGAUUUCCAUGUUAAAUCAUUAUGGUAUAUCCACAUUGAUUAUGUUCU